AUGAGGGCACUUACAGCCCUGGCUGUCGCACUGGUGGUAAUGGGAACUGGAAUUUUCUUCCCUUUCAUCUGGAGAAGCAGAGAAUUCUUGAAGGGUUCUGUCUGGCAGCAGACUGAGAAGCAAAGGGCAAAUAAUGACUUAAUGAAGACGCCACUAUUGGGCAGCACUCUCCACUUGUCAGAGACCCAGGGGACUGAGAAGGACAUAAAUCUGAUACAUGGCUCUCCUCAGUUCCUCAUAAAGAAUGCUGAGCAAGCAAAAUGUUCCCAAAAUGGACUGCAGCAGCUGGGGAUCACCCCAGCUGACUGGGCAACUGACACAAACACCUCACCAGGCCUUCAAGACCUGAGCAUGGGGCAGGCUGGAAACCUCAAGAAAAGAGAAGUCUCUUCCCCAACCCAGCUUCUGUCUUUGGCCAAGCUUCCUGAGCCCACCAGCCGGGCUGUUUCGCAAGCAGCAGAAAUCAUGGAAACAUCAAUACAAACCAUGAAAUGUGAAAAAUUACAGCUCCCCACCGAUGCCCUUUCAGCAGACCUCCUGGGCACAAUUGCCAACCUUUCAGGAUGCCUGCCUUUCAUGCUGCCACCAAAAUGCCCAGACACCUGCUUGGCAAAUAAAUACCGACUCAUCACGGGGGCUUGCAACAACAGAGAUCACCCCAGAUGGGGCGCCUCUAACACAGCCUUGGCAAGAUGGCUGCCUCCUGUCUACGAGGACGGCUUCAGUCAGCCGAGAGGCUGGAACCCCAACUUCCUAUACCAUGGCUUCCCACUGCCCUCGGUACGGGAGGUGACAAGGCAAAUCAUUCAAGUUUCAAAUGAGGCUGUGACAGAAGACGACCAGUACUCUGACUUCCUGACAGUCUGGGGACAGUAUAUUGAUCACGACAUUGCUCUCACGCCACAGAGCACCAGCACUGCUGCCUUCUGGGGAGGCGUCGACUGCCAGCUGACCUGUGAGAACCAGAACCCAUGCUUCCCCAUUCAGCUUCCUGGGAACUCCUCGAGGACCACGUGCCUGCCCUUCUACCGCUCCUCUGCUGCCUGUGGCACCGGGGACCACAGCGCGCUCUUCGGUAACCUGUCUGUGGCCAAUCCACGGCAGCAGAUGAACAGCUUGACCUCCUUUCUGGAUGCAUCCACGGUGUACGGCAGCUCCCCCGCUUCUGAGAAGAUGCUGCGCAACUGGAGCAGCGCGGAGGGGCAGCUCCGAGUCAACACGCAGCACCGCGAUGCCGACCGCGCCUACCUGCCCUUCAUGCCUCUGCGCGCGACCACCUCCUGCGCGCCGGAUCCCCGCACCACGAUGGCCCACAGCACCCCCUGCUUCCUGGCUGGCGAUGGCCGCGCCAGCGAGGUCCCCUCCCUGGCCGCCGUGCACACGCUGUGGCUGCGUGAGCACAACCGUCUGGCCGCAGCGUUCAAGGCCCUCAACGCGCACUGGAGCGCAGACACCGCUUACCAAGAGGCUCGUAAGGUGGUGGGCGCCUUACACCAGAUCAUCACCAUGCGGGAUUACAUCCCUAGGAUCCUGGGUCCCGAAGCCUUCAGGCAGUACGUGGGCCCCUAUGAAGGCUAUGACCCCACUGUGAACCCCACUGUGUCCAACAUCUUCUCCACGGCUGCCUUCCGCUUUGGCCAUGCCACUGUCCACCCUCUGGUAAGACGGCUGGACACUAACUUCCAGGACCACACAGGCUUCCCCAGGCUGCAACUGCAUGAUGUUUUCUUCAGGCCUUGGAGGCUCAUCCAGGAAGGUGGUUUGGAUCCAAUAGUCAGAGGACUUCUGGCAAGACCAGCCAAACUGCAGGUUCAGGAGCAGCUGAUGAAUGAGGAGCUGACCGAGAAGCUCUUUGUGUUGUCCAGUGCAGGCACCUUGGAUCUGGCCUCACUAAACCUACAGCGGGGCCGGGACCAUGGCCUGCCAGGCUACAAUGAAUGGAGAGAAUUCUGUGGCUUAUCACGCCUGGAGACCCUGGCUGAGCUGAGCAGGGCCAUCACCAACAAAAGCAUGGUCAACAAGAUCAUGGACUUAUACAAGCAUCCAGACAACAUCGACGUCUGGCUCGGCGGCCUGGUUGAAAACUUCCUGCCGAGGGCUCGCACUGGUGCCCUGUUCGCAUGCAUCAUUGGGAAGCAGAUGAAGGCCCUGAGGGAUGGGGACAGGUUUUGGUGGGAGCACAGUCAUGUCUUCACAGACGCUCAAAGGCGGGAGCUGGGAAAGCAUUCACUAUCUCGGGUCAUCUGUGACAACACCGGCCUCACCAGGGUACCUGUGGACGCCUUCCUUGUUGGGACAUUCCCCCAAGACUUUGAGCCCUGUGAGGAUAUCCCUAGCAUGGACCUCGAAGUGUGGAGGGAAGCCUUUCCACAAGAUGACAAGUGUGGCUUCCCAGACAAGGUGGACAAUGGGGACUUUGUAUACUGCGAAGAGUCUGGGAAUCGAGUACUGGUGUAUUCCUGUCGCCAUGGAUACGAGCUGCAAGGGCAGGAGCAGGUCACAUGCACCCAGAAUGGAUGGGACUCCCAGCUCCCUGUCUGUAAAGAUGUUGAUGAGUGUGCGGAUCUGACACACCCACCCUGCCACCCCUCUGCAAAGUGCAAGAACACCAAGGGCAGCUUCCAGUGUGUGUGUACAGACCCCUAUGCACUAGGUGAGGAUGGAAGGACCUGCAUAGACUCUGGCAGACUCCCUCGGGCAUCCUGGGUCUCCAUUGCACUGGGUGCAAUUCUUGUCGGUGGCUUGGCAAGUCUCACCUGGACCAUGAUUUGCAGGUGGACACGUUCUGAUAGGAAAUCCAUGCUGUCAAUUACUGAGAGAGAUACAAGAGAGAUGGCCCAGUCGGGGUGCAGAAAGAGUCAAGAGAAGGGGAUUUCACCACACAGAGUGGCAGCUCAGGACACCAAGCAGGAACCUGCCUGUGGGUCCCGGGUCCUCCUGUGCGAUUAAGAUCUUCACUGCUUCAGAGUCAGGCACCGACACAGUGCACACUGGGGUCAGAAGCUUGAGAAAGCAGCAUGGUUAAUCCUGUCAACAGUUCUUGGUUACAGUAGCCCCUAGGUCACAUGAGUGUCUUAUAUACAAUGUGUGUUUUGAGGAAGCAGGUCAAGCCAGGCUUGCUAAUGUCUCUCCUACAUAUCACAGGGAAUGGAUGAGUGAGUGAAAAGCCAGGAGACUCACUCCUGUCUGAGAGACCUGAUUGAGAGGAACUGGAGCAGUCUGUUCAUUCUGAAUCACUGAGAUUGUUUUCUAAAUAUAUUCAACUCUCCUGUUAUGUUCCAGUUGCUACAAAGCACAGAUGUGACAGACUUACCCUGGUCUGGCCUUUUCUUGUGAACAAUCCAGAUAUCUUUCUCCUGGGGGUGUGUUAAAAUACAUUUAUAUGUUAUGCAUAUUUAUUAGCCGCUGCAAGAUUAUUUUCACCAUAAUCAUCUUGGUUUUUUCUAUAUUUUUAUUUUCUGUGUUUGAGUGUUAUGCUGCAUGUAUGUA